AUGGUGGUAGCAUUUCAGAUCACUCCAAAUGCAAUCCUUUAUCAACAGAAGCGUUUUCGAGCCAAAAUUAAUAUACAAAAACCCAGAGCGCCGCAUUACCAAAGGGCAUUGGUAAACGAAUUUUUGAAGCCUUUUUAUCCGUUCCCAAAUGAAGGCAAGAAACUGGAGGAAUUAUGCAAAAAAGCAAUAAGAACUGCGAAUAAGGAGAAGAAGGAGGAAUAUAAUCCUUACCAAAGAAUAAUAGCACGUGAAGUCCGCAAUUGGUUUGACAAUUCCAAAAUGGUUGCCAUUUGCCAUGAGAAUUCUAUGACGGCGGAGGAUAAGUUUGAGUUCGCAGUUCCAUUGAGGAGGGCAAAUAUGUACUACAAACGAUAUAGCAAUAAGAUAAUGACAUUAGCAUUGGCGGAUUCACCUUACGCGGCGACAAUGCCGUUGUACUCGUCGCAAUUCAACGUCAUAUUUGGUUCUGACACAAACGUCGCUGCCUUCGAAAAAAUUAUUAAAAAGUUCCCACAGGUUAUUUUAUUGGCGGGUAUACUAGAGGGACAUGUGCUGAAUAAGGAGGACUUUUUGAGAUACGGCAAAAUGGAUCUUACGUCAUCGCGGGUUUAUCUUGUUCAGGUGUUACAGAGCGCAGGCGGUAACAACUUAAAUCGACAGCUCACGCAUCAUCAGUCCACAUUAGUUGCACGAUUAAAACAGAUCGGUACGGAUGAAGCAACUUCCGGCGAGAACGAAGAAUCGGUGCCUGUAUAA